CAAAAAGCUUCUGAAACUACUGAAAGAGAGUACAUCUAUCCAGAAUGGUCAGAAUGAGGUACUUUUGUAUGGUCAUCUGGAUUCUUCUCUCUGAAGUGACUGUUGAGGCGUCAGUUAUCAGAGUGUCAGGACAUGUUGGAGGAUCUGUGAAGAUCGAGUGUUCUCACUACUUAGCUAGAACCAACACAAAGUAUUUCUGCAGAGAUCCAUGUAAAGAUCAGCACAAUUUGAUUAAAUCUGGUCAGUCACCUACUGGAAGAUACAGACUGGAGGAUUCAGGGAAUGGAGUCUUCACUGUGGUCAUCACUGACCUCCAGAAAUCAGACAAUGGAACUUACUGGUGUGGAGUGGACAGAUAUAUGAAGGACACAUAUCACAAGGUGCUACUCACAGUUACAGAUGCUCCCUCCCCCGACACAUACGCACCCAAAGCUACUCCAACAGCUGCUGCUGUAAGAACAGUGAGAUCGAAGUUCUUCACCUCCUCUUCAUCCACUGUCCCUCCCUCCACCACCUCACCAUCCACCACCUCCUCCUCCACACCUAAAUCAGCAUUUCCAGCUCAGCACAAUGUCUCAUCACCUACCAGAGACACCCUAAUGUACACCGCUGCUGGGCUGGUUGUCAUGGUGAUCAUAUUUGGGCUGUGCCUCACUGUACUCUGUAAGUUUAAUAGAGCAACCAGUGAAAUCAAAGGUCCUGGCAAAGAUGUUGUCUAUGCAGAAGUUAAGAUACCCCAGACUGAAAUCAACCAGCCAAGCAGCGCAGCCUCCUCUACUGCAGAAGAGGCUCUGGAGAACCCGCUGUACAGCACUGUGGAACUGGACAAGGAAAGACUAGAUUCCCAAAUUUAUUCUUUAGCUCAGUAACCUGACUACUAAUUACUCUGAUAGCCUAUUUAUUCAUCAUAUUGCAUGAGUCAUCUAAUGCUCAUGUAGUUUGGAGAUACCCAAUGUUUGAUGAGAUCUGCUGAUGUGAAAGCAUCUAAUUUUUGUUGCAGUGUCGUAUGUAAGUCAUAUAUUUUAAAUCUAAUGUUUUAAGUAGUCAAUAGCUUCUGAAUAAAUAGUAAUUUAAUGUAUUUGUUGAUUCAAAAAAGGGCUUUACUUGCCGGAGAACUUUCUCAUUUUUGGUUUCUUUGGUCUAAUGUAAUUAUGUAAGCAGUUCCAAUUCUCUAUUCCAAACUCAAGGCAAGAAAGAGUACU